AAAAUGACAGUAGCUAUUGUCAAAUCUGGAAUCUAAUUAAAAUUCUGACUAUAGUUUCAAAAUUACUUGAAAACUGGCUUUAAUUCCGAUAUGAGUACACCGAAUAAAAGGAAAGAUAACAUGGAAGAUAGCGGUAUCAAUGCAAAAAGAUGUAAAUCUGAGUGUCCGUACGCAGAGAAAUGUUUCAGACUAAAUCCUAUACACUUUAGAGAGUAUAGCCAUGCUCAUUUGGAAUCAAUCCUGGACUCGUACACUGGUACCGGAGAGUUUCCGAUCCCAUCGAAGCUGUCUGGUCAGAGACAGAUGUAUGUGGAUCAGUUAAAGAUGAUGGUCCACAAACAGAUAUAUGCACACGGCAGGAACUUUGACAUUGAUGCUAGUAGCAGUGCAGGAGCCACACAGAACAGCACUGUGGUUAAAAAAGAAGAGAAGAGGGACACUCCUUCUACUUCGAGCAGUAAUAUAGAACCUACUGCUUCUAGCAGUAGAAGUGGAGAGUCAAGUUAUAACUCUUCUAGAAGUAGAGAACGAGGGAGUAAGACUGCUUCUAGCAGUAUGGAGCGUGUUAAAGACAGUGACUAUCGUCCUAUAGUGCCUCCGACGCGUCGUGCGGAAGAUUUCUUAUCUGUGGUUGUCCCUAAGGGCAAUAUGGCCUCCAAACACAUCGCCAACGGCCCCUUCCACGUGUUCUAUACAACUAUUAAAGAUUCAAAGAAAACACACAAUCAGCCGUAUUCCAUAACAUUUUUAGAAAUCCUCGAUAGUAGCUUAGGGGAACUAAAAUGCUCCCUUCAGAUCAACUUCAUGGUGGAAAUAGGAUGGCUACUGGCACAAUACUACUUCGCUGGAUAUAGCGAGAAAAAACUAACAAUUUUAUAUGGAGAAGAAUGUUCAGAAUUAAAAAACAUCAGUCAGAAGAAACCGCAGGUGACUGCUCACCAAGUCACCAUGUCGUCUCCCUUCGGGAAACACCACACUAAAAUGAUGAUACUGUGUUACGAGGACGGGUCGCUUCGAGUCGUGAUCUCCACAGCCAACCUGUAUCUGGACGACUGGGAAAAUCGAACGCAAGGAUUAUGGUUCAGUCCGUCCUGUCCGGAGUUGCCGGCUGACUCGAUGCCACACGAAGGAGAUUCGCCGACGUUUUUCAAAUCAAGUCUACUCAAAUAUUUGAAUAAUUAUCAUUUACCGGACUUAGCGUUUUACGUGGAAAGGGUAAAACGAUGCAAUUUCAGUCAUAUAAACGUAUUCCUAGUAGCUUCAGUGCCGGGGUCACAUUUCGACGCCGACUGGGGUAUGACCCGAGUGGGGUCACUGUUGAGGCAACAUUGCUGCAUACCCCCUGAGGAGACCAAGAAUUGGCCCCUAAUAGCCCAAGCUAGCAGUAUUGGGAGCUAUGGGAAGGACCCUAAGCUGUGGUUGACUGGGGAUUUUCUGCACAAUUUUACUAAAAUCAAGAAUCAGUCCCAACUUUUGUCGUCUCCGCCGGAACUGAAGAUCGUUUACCCGUCUUUAGGUAACUCAAGUCAAUUUUAA